CCUUUACACCUUUCGACCUGGUCCUAGGGUUUUAGAGCAUCUGCAUCCUCUCCGGGGUUUAGAGAGAGAAAGACCUACCUCUCUCCCGCUCUCUUGAUCGCUACAUUUCUCUGAUUUUCAGAAAUCUACGUCGCCUCAAUCAAUCUCCACUCACAAUCGUUCUCGACGUGCCAUUACCGUUCUGAAUUCUUCCACUGUCGUGUUGCUUGGUUCAUUUCCGUUUCCUGUAGGUGAUAAUAUACAAUGGCUGGCCUUGUCCCUCCGACCACCGCUGCGGCUGCUGCUACGGCGACCGCCCUGCCUGUUCCACCGAAGAAGACAGAGGACGAGAAAGUGGAUUACCUGAAUCUCCCAUGUCCUAUCCCCUACGAGGAGAUUCACCGUGAAGCUUUCAUGUCUUUGAAGCCGGAGCUGUUUGAAGGAAUGCGAUUUGAUUUCACCAAAGGACUCAAUCAAAAGUUCUCCCUCAGCCACAGCGUGUCUAUGGGACCAAUGGAGAUUCCUGCUCAAUCCGCUGAGACCAUCAAAAUCCCUACUGCCAACUACGAGUUCGGUGCUAACUUUAUAGACCCGAAGUUGAUGCUUUUUGGGAGGAUACUCACCGAUGGAAGGCUCAAUGCGAGAGUGAAGUGCGAUUUAUCUGACAAUCUCACUUUGAAGGCCAAUGCACAGCUGACAAAUGAGCCACAUAUGUCACAUGGGAUGGUCAACUUCGAUUACAAGGGCAGAGACUUCAGAACCCAGUUUCAAUUGGGCAAUGGUGCCUUAUUUGGAGCAAGUUACAUUCAGAGUGUAUCUUCCCAUCUUUCAUUGGGCGGUGAAGUAUUUUGGGCUGGUCAGCAUAGGAAGUCCGGUAUUGGUUAUGCUGCAAGAUACAACACAGAUAAGAUGGUUGCCACUGGACAAAUUGCCAGCACGGGUAUGGUGGCUCUGAGCUACGUUCAAAAAGUGUCUGAGAAGGUUUCAUUGGCAUCUGAUUUCACGUAUAACUACAUGUCAAGAGAUGUAAUAUCCAGUCUUGGCUAUGACUACAUUCUUCGACAGUGCCGUCUUAGAGGGAAGAUUGAUUCCAAUGGUUGUGUAGCUGCUUUCCUUGAAGAGCGACUAAAUAUGGGUGUUAAUUUCAUUCUUUCCGCAGAGAUUGAUCACAGGAAGAAAGACUACAAAUUUGGAUUUGGUUUGACAGUAGGAGAAUAGAUUGGCAAGAGUGAGGAAGUCGUUAUCGUGUCCCCAAUGCUGUGGUAGAAACAUAGUGGAAUUCUUUCCUUGCAUGAUUUUUCCUGGUGUUGAAUUCUCAGUUCCCUUAGUUAAUUGUUGUUCAGCACAUUAUUUUGAGCAGAAUCUAACUGCUGUUGCAGUUUCUAGAGGCCAUAUCUGUCUCCCCAUAUCAAAAUUUUCUUUAUCAAUUAAUAAUUUUGUUAUUCACCCGAGGGCUAGACAACGAGAUGACACUGUCGACUUCGAAAUCUUAUGCAGCUUUCGACUUGUUUAUCCUUUCA